AUGAAUACACUAGGUGGAGGAUUUCGUUUUGCACAACAACCAACACAAAAAGUUGAUUGGAGCAAGCUGUCGAUGAUAGAAAAGAUGCAACAUUUAGUUAAACAAAUUGGUGGUAAUUUAGUACAAUUCCAUUGGGCCUUGUUCCCAAUCUUCUUUUUGAUUGGCGUUAAUUAUACACCAUACGGACAUGCUCCACUUUCAUUCUCUACUAAAUUAUAUAGCUUGUUAGCCUUCCUUCCUCUCCCAAUUCCAAUGGCUCCUCUUGACCAACUUGAACAAACCUUCCAAAUGCAACAACAAGCCCAACAACAACAAAUGGGUGGAUAUCAAAUGUAA